UUCGAAAAUUCUUGGCAAGAAAAAUUAAGAAUUUUUCGGUUUGCAGCAAGCAUCUUAACUUUYARUUGUCAAAUACAUCUGCUAACAAGCUGGAGUGCUGUAUUUUCAAGUAUUUUGCGGACAAUUCAGAAUAWCUGGUCCAAUAAUUGCAAAAUUUCGACCUAUUCAGAUUUUCCUAUGAUACAUUGCGGUAUUGUUUGGUAAUAUAAGCCCCUGCUGUGCAUUAUGGGUUGUAACUUAUUUCGGCGCGAAAUUCAAGCAUUUGGCGCUGGAYUCCUUCGAACGAACUCUUCUACAACGGCACUUGGCACUCAUCAAAUUCUUCACAAAAUUACCAAAAUGGCUCUAGUUACUGUACCAGGUCUUACUAACUACUUCAGACAUCAUAGUAUUAGUGAAUGCCCCGGCCAAAUUCAGGUUAUAUUUGGACCAAUGUUCUCUGGAAAAACAACUGAGCUUUUAAGAAGAAUCAAGCGAUACCAAAUAGCUAACCACAGGUGUUUGGUYGUAAAAUAUGAAAAAGACAACAGAUAUGACUUAGGAGGAAUUGCAACUCACGAUAGACAAACUCUUGCUGCAACUGCAUGCUCAGUACUAUAUUCAAUCAAGAAGCAAGCAUCUCAAGCAACAGUCAUAGGAAUAGAUGAAGGACAGUUUUUCCCAGAUGUUGUCGAUUUUGCAGAAGAAAUGGCCAGUGAAGGCAAAACUGUGAUAAUUGCUGCUUUAGAUGGAACUUUUCAAAGACAGGCAUUUGGUAAUAUUCUUAACUUAGUUCCAUUAGCUGAGAGUGUCGUCAAACUGAAUGCUGUGUGUAUGAAUUGUUAUAAAGAUGCCGCUUUCACCAAAAGACUCUCGGCAGAUCAGAAGGUUGAAGUGAUUGGUGGUGCAGAUAAAUACAUGUCUGUAUGCAGAGACUGUUACAAUCUAGCUUCUGUACAAGAUAUGUUAAAUAGUAGCUCCGAAGGAGAACACUAGUAGAGUACUGAACUAGUAUAUUAUACAAUAUAAUAGUUGACUUUGGAUAUUUUGGUUGAGUAACCAAAAAAUACAGACAAGACUCUAUGGAAAUGAUAGAUGAUCUUAAUUAUUCUUUUAUUUCGCCAGAGUUUCGUCUACAAUUCUUUUGUGCAUAUGCGACUAGGGGUCCUGUGAAAUCUAUAGGUUUUCUUUGGUUUUAUCUGCUGGUCAUGGACCAAAGUAUCUAAAGUCUGCUAUUGUUUAUGAUAUAUUUUACAUACUUAAGUAAGCUAAAGGGGAAAUGGGAUUUCAAAGUAUAACUUUUUAAUGUGAGACAUACAUGAAACAAAGAAUUAUGGCACAUUGCCAGUAUAGUAUAACUUUACUUUUAGAUUUUUUUAUAAAAAAAGUUGGGGGGAAAGUACAAUGUUCAGAUUCUGAAUUUGAAUUCCAAAGUUUCAAUUUGCAUGAAAUUUGACAAAGAAUUUGUAUAGAUUAUGACCUGCCCAAUGGACUGAGCAACUUUUGUACUUACUGUAGAGUGAAGUCAGUAAACCUAUAAAACAAACUUUAACUAAGGAAGUGAAUAGGUAGAUAUCUCUUUCAUAGGUUUUUUCACUUCACUCUAUUAUUUUUUCAUUACGUAAGAAGUAUUGUUUUAGUCUUAUGUUGUUUACAAUUUUGUGAUGUGUAUUUCGUUUUUCAAUUUUUCCACUGGCAAUAGUCUUUCACAGUCCCUGCGCCAUCUUGAGAGGAAUCCMCUGCCUUUGCAUCGGAGCAAGUUGACCAUUGAGUGAGGGAUUGAGUUAUCUUCUUUUAAACCAUUUUGAUAAGAUUAUUUUAUUAUAACUUUUUUCAAUGGUUGUCUUGCUUCAAUGUGGGAGCAUGGCUGACUUGGAAACAUUUGCUUUUAAUAUGAGAAAACAAUAAUAAUAAGUGUUAUUUUUCAUACAUUAUUUGUCUUUCAUGGAAUCAUCUUUAUCUGUAAAUUCUUAAUGUAAAUAGAGUCAAAUCCACAUGAAAUCAUUUUUAUCUAAAAAUUUCAUAUAAAAACAGACUACUAUUCAAAUGGAUAUUGUCAAACUGUAUAAAGAAAACUUGAUUCAAUAAAAUCUUACUGUUUUAUAAUAAUUUGAACACUUUUUGUCAAUAAACUGCUUUUUCAUUAAUC